UUCGAACUUCGAAGAUAGAAUGGAACAAACAUAGUCUUCGUGUGGCAGUUGAUAGUUCUAAACUUAGUCCCUGAGUUUUGUGUGUGAAAAUUUUUCCGGAUAGAAUUAUACUCAUUUAUUUAUGUUUACACUCCAAACAAAAUGGAUUUAUUUACUGAGAACAUGAUAAAAAGAACAAAGCAACGGCAAGAACAACUGCAUAAAUCUAAACCAAACUUUGGAUUUGAUGCAAGUCCAACUAAGGAAUCAUUAGGUGAUUCAAAAAAUGCACAAUUGUUGGCUCUUGAGAAAAAAGAAAAUUUAGCAGGAAAGGAAAACAAUACAGGUUCAAAAUCCACCCAAAGUAGCCCCUUAAAAAAUCAAGCAUCAACAGAGCAAACUCCACCGUUGCAGAUGUCACGUAAAACAAGAUUAGAAGUACUUGCACAUCGAGUAAAGGAUUGGGAAGAUCAAUCUGGUAUAUGUCCAAAACCAAUAUCUUCCACACCUGAAAAAAAUGUAAAAGUAGCUGGUACCCCUCUGAAAUUCAACGAUCACACAGCUUCAAAAUCCAGAAGCGCAAACUCUAUUGCAAAGGCUAGCAUACUUUUGCCUAAUGAUAAGCUGGAUGGUGGCUUUUCAUCCAAAAGUACCAUCUGCUCAUCAUCCAGGAUGCAAUCAGAAGAAAACACCCCUGUAAAGUUACCAGCUAGUGAAGAAUCAUCCACACCAUAUAAAUCACUUGUGUUAGACAAAUCAGUUCUUCAAAGCUUGGAAUCGCAGGGGUUCACACCAACCGAGUCACGUUCUCGUCUGAUUUACGAGUUUGAAAAAGAACAGGAAAAUGAGAUAGAAGAAGAAUCGGCAAAUUCCUGGACAUUUGCUGCUGGAUCACCAUACAAGUCAUCUCCCCCCAAGAAAAUAAGAUCACCUGAUGUUGCGCAGCUGGACAAUACGCCUUCGAAGCUGAAAGGCCCAUCUCACUCUCAAGGAAAAUUGUUUACCAAAACAGGUGGCAUCGUUUCACCCAACGUCAAACCUACAAAAAUUGUACACAACGUGCGUGACGAUCGGACAUCUAUUCGGCCUUCAUCAUUGUCGCACGUAAUUGGAACAGAAAAUUCUAAGAAAGCAGAACCCAGGCUCCGUUCCGUGCAGGAACUCGCAGCGCAAUUUGACUCCCCUCCCCCGGCUUUAAAAGAUCCGGCCGAUAUGACAAUGUCAGAAAGGAAGGCUUUAUUUGAACGGAAGAAAGACCAUGUUUCAAGUGGAAGAUUUGGGACACCGCAAGUAAAUCGUAGUGUCACUCCAUCAAGGAACGUGAACAUGGAUGAUAAAAAACAAAGAAACAUGGGAAGUGGGAUAAAAGAGCGAUCACAUGUCCUUCCAUCGGCGUCGCCUUCCGGUUUAGGCAUUACUAGGCCAAACGAUGUGAAGAAAUUUGAUGGCCUAGGAAAUCGAAAUAUAAAAAAGAUGUUAGAUGAACCUGUUUCAGUGUCAUCAGUUUCAAAUUUCGUUACUAACUGCCAACCGCAGCAAUCAACCAUUUUGAGUUCUGCGUUGGCCACAGCUACCACUUCGUCAAAUUUGGAUCAGGCGCCAAGUGCCAUUCCUUGUUUCAGCGCUGAACAAUCUAUUAGCAAGAAAUCAGAGGAGCAGCCGAGUAAUCCGGCAGAUUUAUAUGCAGGCCUUCACCAAGUUCGCCCUAUUCGCGUAUCACCACCAAAACCGGGUAAACUGUAUCCUUGUUUAUCAGAUAUUGACAGUGUGACAGAAAACGAAUCGGAGCCGGAUGAAAAUGAGAAUGAAGAAGAAGAUACCCCUAAAAGUACCGAUGACCGCGAUACUAGGGCUAACCAAGAUUUCGAUAGUAGCUUUACUAUUGACAUUCUUGGACGGGCGGGCUUAAGCAAUUUUAUCAAUACACCGAAACGGAAACUCCAAGAAAUGCAGCCAGAUCAUCAACAAAUGCGUUCUGCGUUGGGCACAAAGGCAAAUAUUUCGGAAAGCGACGAUUCGACCGAUAUAAGUGAUUUGUUAAAUGAAGCAUUGGAUAGUCCAGGGCAAUCCGCAUCUCCAAAGCAACAAAAGAGAGACGGCAGCGAUGACGUGACAUUAGAAGACGAUGGUUUGGCUAUUUCGUUGUUUCAUUCUGUUAGUUCUUAUCGCCAGCAGAAGGAAAAAACGUUUACACCAAUUAAACAAAUAGUGCGAAACCCUGAAGUUCGCCAGGUUGCCUCGAAUCAACAGCCCUAUCAUUCAAGCGAGUCCAAUGAAAUGUCGAUUCAACAACAAAUACGCAGUCUUCAGGAUGAGAUUUCUACGCAGCAAAAUGUUAUGGCUCAAGCUUGCCAAGCACUUAAUUUGUGCCGUGCGACCGCCGAGUUUUCUGGCUCCACCGAGCAAGUCGAAGGCGAAAAACUUCUUCUAAUCUCCAGCCAGAAAAGACAAGCAGCCAUAAACGAGAUUCAGAAACUAAAAAGUGAGGCAGCCAUGAAGGGGAUUUCGAACAACUUGGCCUCCCGCGGCACUCUGUCGUUGAGCAAUAUUGGACUUCCACUUAAAAAAGAGUUUCUGUCCAUGCUUCCGAAAGGCGGAGGCGACAUUGUCCAUUAUUUCAUUGUGCUGAUUCGCAGUCGGGGUCAAGUUAUUCCGCUACAAAUGUUGUCAACGGUAGAUGGUAUACAGGAUGGUGCAUUACGUUUUCCAAAUUUGGUGCAACUGAGAAACCUAUCUGCUGACUUUGAAGUAGCCGUAGAAGUCUACGCCUUACAAACAAGGAAAGAAAAAAUGAAUCACGAGACAAAGUAUCAUAUUCGAAAGGAGAAUAGCAAAAUGCGAUUAACUCCUAAAAAGUUUUCUAGCAAAACCGACAAUCGUGGAUUGGCAAAAACACCGGCGUCAGCAGGAUCUUCUGGUGUUACUUUACGCAAUUCUAGUUUUGGAUUAGUAGGAGUAGCCAACAUAACAUCGGCGACUUUAAGAAAACGAGAAUGGUCUUUGGAUAGAGUACCAUUUGCCUCUCCGAUUGAUGGAACACUUCCUAAGAUUCAAAGUCAUACCGAAAGUCUGGUUGAAGAACGAGGGUUUUUAACUGUUUUUGAAGAUGUUGGUGGAUUUGGCGCUUGGCAUAGAAGAUGGUGUCUAUUGUCAAAUGAUCAGCUUCUCUUCUGGAAAUAUCCGGAUGACGAGAAACAUAAGGAACCACAAUACUCUAUCAAUCUACGGAGAUGCAUAACAGAAAAUGUUGGCGUUGUUUCGCAUGAUGUUUGUGCACGACCCAACACGUUUUUGCUCAUCACCGUUCGACCGAAAGAGGAUACCGACCAAGAUUCUCUAGUAAUGACCUGCUAUCCCAAUGAAACUGCUCUACGUCAUCUCGUUUGCGCUGACGUGAAAGAAGAACGACAGCUCUGGUGCACACAGAUAAACAGAGUUUUAGCCAACCUAAGAGUUUGGAACUUGGAAUGAGUCCGCCCUUGACACUGAUUGCAACAAAUUUUCAAACGUUCAUCGGAACUCAAGAGGAAUCUUUAGUGGAUUUUGUCUAUAUUUUUCGUAGCUUUGAUUUUAAUCUUGAAUUUUACAUUCUAUUUCAACUUAGCAUUUUUACUUCACCCAUAUACUAAUUUUUGUGAUUUCUGAGAGCAAUUUGAAAAUUCAUAAGUAUUAGUUAAAUACAUAACUGGUCUUCAUUGG